GAAUGUGCACAGAGCUCUGGACGUUUAGUGUGGUCAGUGAACGGUCCCCUGACAAUUUGCACAGGACCAGACAAGCAUCAAAGUACUCGUGAUGCGAUGUGUCUCUGAUACCUCCCCGGAUUAAACCAGCCCGCUGAUUCAACCUGCACCGCCAAGUCUCGCUGGCUUGUCUAUCCGACCUUUCGCAUCUUUGCUUCGGGUCUCCGCUGCCAAAGGAUGCAAGUGUCGAUCGCUUGCACCGACCACAACCUGAAGGGACGGAGCAGCGACGAGAGGCACAAGCAGAACGCCAGCAGCCCCAAAUUAGGCAAUGGGGCCCGGGCAAAAUUCCGGACGGUGGCGAUCAUUGCCCGAAGUCUUGGCCACUUCAUGCCCCAGCACCACAUGUCUUUGAAGGAGUCGACUGCAAAGCAGACGGGGAUGAAAUACAGGAACCUGGGAAAGUCUGGACUGCGAGUAUCGUGUCUGGGGCUCGGAACCUGGGUGACAUUUGGAGGUCAGAUCACUGAUGAGGUGGCUGAGGAACUAAUGACAAUUGCUUAUGAACAUGGAGUCAAUCUGUUUGAUACUGCAGAGGUAUACGCAGCUGGCAAGGCAGAGAUUAUACUUGGGAACAUCAUCAAGAAGAAAGGCUGGAGACGCUCCAGCCUGGUGAUAACAACAAAGCUGUACUGGGGUGGGAAGGCCGAGACGGAGAGAGGUCUUUCACGGAAGCAUAUCAUUGAAGGUUUAAAGGCUUCUCUGAAGCGAAUGCAACUGGAGUAUGUUGACGUCGUGUUUGCCAACCGACCAGACACCAACACUCCGAUGGAAGAGAUUGUCCGGGCCAUGUCGUACGUGAUAAACCAAGGAAUGGCCAUGUACUGGGGCACCUCCCGAUGGAGUGCCAUGGAGAUCAUGGAAGCCUAUUCGGUGGCAAGACAAUUUAAUUUGAUCCCUCCGGUCUGUGAGCAAGCUGAAUAUCAUAUUUUUCAGAGAGAAAAGAUUGAGGUCCAGCUGCCUGAACUUUAUCAUAAAAUCGGAGUCGGGGCAAUGACUUGGUCUCCACUGGCCUGUGGAAUCAUUAGUGGAAAGUAUGAUAUUGGAGUACCCGAUAGCUCACGGGCUUCUUUAAAGUGUUACCAGUGGUUAAAGGACAAAAUUAUCAGCGAGGAAGGAAGGAAACAGCAGGCUAAACUGAAGGAUCUCGCACCCAUCGUGGAGCGACUGAGCUGUACACUGCCCCAGUUGGCAAUAGCCUGGUGUCUGCGCACGGAAGGGGUCAGCUCUGUCCUCCUAGGAGCCUCCAAUGCAGAACAGCUCAAAGAAAACCUUGGCGCCAUACAGGUGGUCUCAAAGAUGACAACACAGACUGUGACUGAGAUUGAUAGCAUACUUGGCAACAAACCAUACAGCAAGAAGGAUUAUAGAUCCUAACUUAAAGCAGCAUGAUAUCAACUGAGAAUGCAUGAUGACAGUGGUACUCUUUACUUGCCGAACCACUCUCUGGUUAAUGUGAACCUAAAGCUGUUUCCUGCUGAAUUCCCACAGGUGCAUGCCGUUGCAAUGAGAGAAUGUGCUCUUUGUCCAGAAGCACAGUCCUUGGUUAGUAAGGUGGUUCCUGACUUUUAUUACUCAGCAAAACUGAGUUCUACCUUUAUCAUUCUUUGCAUUAAAAACAAUUAGAUCAUGCAAGUCCAUAGCUUGUGCAACCUUGAACUAUUAAUACCAGUAUUAUUUUUCCUCCCAUUGAAACCUUGCCCAGUAUAUUGCCUAUCAUAUGCAGUUGAUGGCUCACUUUCAGCCAGGGCAUGUAGUUUUCUUAGAACAAGCAAAGUCUGCUUACAUCAAUGAAUUGCCACACAGUGACAAAUUUUGCAUACCUUUUUUUGCAGUGUAAAAUAUGCUGAAAACAAAUGCUUGUUUUAACUUGUUCUCGAGUAGAUACUACCUGCAAUAGUCAAAAGCUUUAACCUGCAUGGAACUAUGUUGCACUCACUCAUGUUAAAUUACGUGGAAUUUCUCAACAGACCUGUUCAGAAUGGAAGUUUAUUUAAGGAAGUUCUAUUUUCUAUUACGUAAAUGUCUGGUUUACGAUGCUUUCAUUGAAUUGGGGCUUUGAGCUCUAUCACAUGUGUCACAGUGUUGAUCAGAGAGAGACGUAUUCGUAAAAGAUAUUGUGUGGGAUGUGUUAACAUUCCUUACAUAAACGAGAACAAAGUUAACAUUACUUGGGUAAAGUGAGUGGCCAAGUUACAUGUGAUGGAUCCAAGGACAAAUCAAAAGGUGGAGUGCAGUAUUCAUUAAAAAGGCUAAUGCAAAGAGGCAGAGAAUAUACUUAAAGGCCUUCAUAGUGAAAAGAGUUGAAGCACAAAAAGGGUGAAGCAACACUUUAGUUAUAGCUGGCCCAAGUCAGACCACAUUGUCAUCAGUUUUGGCAAUGUACCUCAGGAAGUAUAUUCGGCCCUGGAUAGGUACGAUACAAUUUUCUUUGCUCGUGAAGUUUUUUAAAUUAUAUCUAAGCAUCCAGUCUCGAUCAUGUCCUUGAAAAGGCUGUGGAUACUUAAUCUUUUCCCUAAAAGAUACCGCCUAGUAUUAUACUAUCCAAGUUUUACAGAUAUAAAUCAGCCAUUAUAUAACUGAAUUGUAGGACCAUCUCAAGGGGCUAAAUAAUUAACCUAUCAGCAUAUUAAACCAAGCCAAGAUAAUUUCAGGUAAUUAAAAUCCAUAAAGCCUGUAAUAAGAAUCCAUGUUUGUUCCCCGUGCAGACAUUAUCAAAAUUGGGCAUAACGACAGCGCAAAGUAGAAAUAAAGUAGUUUGAUUUGAGGAUGAUGAUCAAUGAGUUCAUCCUCACUUGCUUUGCAGCGUGAAACUUCCGAGUACUAUGCACGUUGACUAUUUUACAAAUUUCAGUUAAAGUUUAUGCAUCUUUACAAAAUGACUUGCUAGUGAUUAAGAUUUGAACAUUUAAAGGCAAAGCUUGAUUAGGUACAGGUGUACUAUUAGCUAAUUGGUUCUGCCACACAAUAUCUUCUGCUGUUGAUUUACUGCAGAAUAAUCCAUGUCUAACCAGUUGACAUUUUAAUUGGAUCGCCGAGAGUUAUUAGAUGAUAUUGUAUAAGCUUGGGCUUUAAUUUAGGUUAUACGAUGUGCCUGUAGCUAUUGCCUGUGUUCUUAAGGGUGCAACAUCUCAGGAAUAAAUGCUUUGUUUUUCUUGUUCAAUGGAUUACAGACAAUGUAGAAGUAAUUCUUUUUGGAAUGUAUUAUUUGUGCAUGACAGAUAAAUAAAAAAGUGAACUCUUCUUU